UUCUUUUUUAUCUUUCCGCCUUUUUUUUUUUUCUCUAAUCUAUUCUUUUUCUUUAUAUAUACAACAAACAUGGCUACUAAAUUUACUCUUCCUAAAGGUGGUUUCAACUUUGAAAACUAUGUUCGAAACCAUACUCUCGAAACCAAAGGCACUCGACCUCCUAAAGCUACUAGUACUGGUACUACUAUUGUGGGUGUUAUCUUCAAAGAUGGUAUUUGUUUGGGUGCUGAUACAAGAGCAACAGAAGGACCUAUUGUAGCAGAUAAAAAUUGUGAAAAAAUCCAUUAUAUUGCUCCUAACAUUUACUGUUGUGGUGCUGGUACAGCUGCUGAUACGGAAUUCACAACCAACUUGAUUAGUUCUCAAAUGGAAUUGCAUCGAUUAGCCACAGGACGACAAUCACGUGUAGUGACAGCCAUGACAUUACUGAAACAAAUGUUAUUCAAAUAUCAAGGUCAUAUUGGUGCAGCUCUUGUACUGGGUGGGUUUGAUCCUACAGGACCUUCUUUGUAUACUGUUUAUCCUCAUGGUAGUACUGACAAGUUACCUUACGUCACUAUGGGAUCUGGAUCUUUGGCAGCCAUGAGUGUGUUUGAAAGUCAAUGGAGACCUGAUAUGACAAGACAAGAAGCUAUUGAUUUGGUACAACUAGCCAUUGAAGCUGGUAUUUUUAACGAUCUUGGUUCAGGGUCCAAUGUGGAUGUAUGUGUGAUUGAAAAGGAUAGUACAGAUUACUUGCGCAACUAUGGACGUCCUAAUGAACGUGGUAUCAAGGAAAAGAGUUACAAAUAUCCAAGAGGUACUACUGCUGUUUUGAAGGAAUCUGUUCAACAUUUGGUUCAAGUUUCUGAUGGUGAUGCCAUGGAUAUCUCUCUGUAAAAAAAAAAUAUAUACAUAUAUACUUUUAUAUAGUUGAUUUUACCAAUAGUCUAGUUUAGUACUC